UAUAUAUAUAUAUAUAUUUGAUUUACACUUGCAAUUCUAAAUUUGAAGACGAAUGCAUGAGCUCCACAGAGGGGAAAGAAAUGGUGGGAGGUGGGUUGAAGCUCUUUGGCGUGCAGCUAGAGAUGCCUAGUACAUCUCCCAUGAACACAGACUUCAGCUCGGAGACACUCAACUUCGACACUUGUGUUUCUUCUUCUUCUUCGCCGUUUAUGGAUGAAAAUGAAACCGAGAAGAAGAUUUCUAGAGGUAAUAUGUCUGAUGGCAUGGCUGUUAGAACACAAGAAAGGAAAAAAGGGGUUCCUUGGAGUGAGGAAGAACACAAGUUGUUUCUAACUGGGUUGGAGAAACUCGGGAAGGGGAAUUGGCGAGGCAUAUCGAAGAAAUUUGUCACAACACGAACACCGACUCAAGUCGCUAGUCAUGCUCAGAAGCACUUCCUCAGGCAAAACAGCCUUAACAAGACGAACCGGCGAUCGAGCCUAUUCGAUGUCGUAAAAUGAUCCUCAUCUUCUUCAUGAACUUGAAAGAAGCCCUUGUGAUUGUUGAUCUGAAAAGGGCUGAAUGCUAUUCAUGCUGAAGAGUUAAUUGAAAUAAUAUGAUUUAUGAUCUUGUUAGUGCCUUCGAAGAUCAAUCAAGAGGAUGCAAAUGAGAAUAGUUUUACAU